AUGCCGACCGACAUACAGCCUUUUCGGUUCCUCGACCUUCCAAAAGAAGUUCGCCUCGUCGUGUACGAACAUCUCUUCGCUGGCUCCGUGUUGAUGGAUGACGACUGUUCAGAAUGCCGCGAUCAACUGAGAAAGUUCCGCAUUCAAGACGAUGCCACAAAUCAAGCAUUAGAUACCAGUAUCGUGUACGGCACGGAGAGUCUUCCAGGAAUUCUGAUGGCUAGCAAGCUCACGCGCACCGAGCUGAUCCUUCCGCCAACGUAUCUUCAGCGUGUCAUGAAGCAUGUUAAGACCGUGGUCCUCCAAGAUCCCGUCGAUGGUUUCACUCGGCCUCAGAUCAGGGAGAAAUUGCACGAGCUUUUGUCCUCCCUGGCGCAAUUACAGACGCUCCACCUCAUCGUACCGAUGUAUGCGGGUUUCCUGUCCACCACCGAUGACAAGCUCGCAGACAAGAUCGUCGAAUUCAUGCGUGAUCUACUACCUUGGCACUGUGGCUCGGCCAUUCCAGGUACUAAAUCAGACCUCCAGAUCGCUGCCUAUACGGCUUUCAUCCCAAAAGAGGACCCACGGUCGAAUGUUAUCGUCAAGAUUGACUGGCGUACCGGCUCCAUCAUCGACCAGUACACUCUAGUCUUGAGCUCCACCCAAUUCACCCAAGAUGAUGAGCUUGCUCGCGCCGUCUUCGAGCUCCGACAUACCCCCUACAAAUGGUGGGACGACAUCAGACCCGUCGCGAACACCAGGCCAGAUCUGGACAUCAUUCUUCAUCUCAACGUCUCCGCGGGUACAGCUUCCCAAUUUGUCUUGAAAGUCGACUGGCGUACCGGUACAAUCAUCAGCGGUCGUCCUGCAGACAAGAAGACUGCAGACGGAGAGACUCCCGACGAAGUCAGUCCAGUCAAAGAUACCCCGGACGACCAGGGACCGGAGGGUGGUGACUUAGGCGGUGAGGGAUUGGAGGUUGAUGAUUCGAACAUCCCGAAUCGCGAUGCUCAGGACCUAGACAACCAGGAUCCGGAGGACGAAGACUCGGACGAUGAGAAUUUGGAUGCUGGUGCGGACGACGGAGACUCGGACGAUGAGAACACGGAAAGUGAGGACGUCGACGAUGAGGACUCGGACGAUGAGGACUCGGACGAUGAGGAAAUUGAGCGCCAUGAGGCGUCACCUGUAAGCAGGGCAUCCAAACCGUUGAUCUAG